AUGCUCAGGUGCCGCGGCGCAGGUGCCGCGGCGCAGGUGCCGCGGCGCAGGUGCCGCGGCGCAGCCCCUGCGGCCGGGGGGGGGGGGCGGCCCCGGGGCCCCCCCGCCCCACCCCCACCCACCGCUGCACCCCCAGGUGCCCUCGGGCAGGAUGACCGGCUCCAGCCCCGUGUCCCCGGCCUCGUCCUCGGGGGGCUCCCCCGGCAGCCCCUCCCCCCCCGGGCCCCCCGGCCGGCCCCGCCCCCCGAGGGCCCCCCCGAGGGCCCCCCCGGCCCCCCCGAGCCCCCCUGGCUGUGGGAGCGGAGCCCGGCCGAGAUCGCCGAGCAGGCCAAGCACGAGGCCGAGGUGGAGCACCGCGUGGCCGAGAUGAAGCGCGAGGGUUUCUGGUCGCUGCGGCGCCUGCCCAAGGUGCCCGAGCCGGCGCGGCCCAAGGUGCACUGGGACUACCUGUGCGAGGAGAUGCAGUGGCUGGCCGCCGACUUCGCCCAGGAGAGGCGCUGGAAGAGGGGCGUGGCCAGGAAGGUGGUGCGGAUGGUGAUGCGGCACCACGAGGAGCAGCGGCAGCGCCAGGAGCGCGCCAAGCGCGAGGAGCAGGCCAAGCUGCGCCGCGUGGCCGCCGCCAUCGCCCGCGAGGUGCGCCACUUCUGGAGCAGCGUCGAGAAGGUGGUGCAGUUCAAGCAGCAGUCGCGCCUGGAGGAGAAGCGCAAGAAGGCGCUGGACCUGCAGCUCGACUUCAUCGUGGGCCAGACCGAGCGCUACUCGCACCUGCUGAGCCGCAGCCUCAACGCGCCCCGCCCGCGCCCCGCCCUCACCUGCGCAGCCCCGGCCGAGAGCCCCCCCCGGCCCCUCGGGGACCUCCUGGGCUCCCUCCCUCCACAGGUACCGCCCCUCCCCCCACAGGUGCUGCGGCGGGGCCGGGACCCUCCCCCGCCCUGGGGGCCGCGCGAGGAGGACGAAGAGUUCGAGGCUGAGGAGGAGGAGGGUGAGGAUGAGGAGGAGACGAUCGCGGCCCAGGAGCGCCUGGAGGGCGACGUCGAUCACCAGCAGGAGCUGGACGACCUGGCCAGGGAGGGUGCGCUGCCCAUGGAGGAGCUGCUGCAGCGUUACCGCGGCGCCUUCGCCGACUCCGACUGCGACUCCGCCCCCGGCGCCAGCAGCACCCGCUCAGACUCACCUGGCGGCGACAGCGAGGAGGACGAGGAGGACGAGGAGGACGACGACGACGACGACGACGACGAGGCCGACGACGAGGACGAGGAGGAGGAGGGGGAGGGGCAGGAGGGCGGGGCGGGGCCGCCAGGUGAGCCCGGAGGGGGCCCGGCCCCGCCCGCACCUGCCCAGGUGAGCCCCGCCCCGGCCGCGCCCGCCGGCCCCGCCCCCAAGAAGGAGAUCAGCGACAUCGCGGCGGCCGCAGAGAGCCUCCAGCCCAAGGGCUACACGCUGGCCACCACCCAGGUGAAGACGCCGAUCCCUCACCUGCUGCGCGGCACGCUGCGCGAGUACCAGCACAUCGGGCUGGACUGGCUGGUGACCAUGUACGAGAAGAAGCUGAACGGGAUCCUGGCCGACGAGAUGGGGCUGGGCAAGACCAUCCAGACCAUCUCCCUGCUGGCACACCUGGCCUGCGAGAAAGGUAGCUGGGGCCCUCACCUGAUCAUCGUGCCCACCUCGGUGAUGCUGAACUGGGAGAUGGAGCUCAAGCGUUGGUGCCCCAGCUUCAAAAUCCUCACCUACUACGGGGCGCAGAAGGAGCGGCGCCUCAAGAGACAGGGCUGGACGAAGCCCAACGCGUUCCACGUGUGCAUCACCUCCUACAAGCUGGUGCUGCAGGACCACCAGGCGUUCCGCAGGAAGAACUGGAAGUACCUGAUCCUGGACGAGGCGCAGAACAUCAAGAACUUCAAAUCCCAGCGCUGGCAGUCCCUGCUCAACUUCAACAGCCAGCGGCGGCUGCUGCUGACAGGUACGCCGCUGCAGAACUCGCUGAUGGAGCUCUGGUCCCUGAUGCAUUUCCUGAUGCCGAGCGUGUUCCAGUCCCACCGCGAGUUCCGCGAGUGGUUCCACAACCCCCUGACGGGCAUGAUCGAGGGCAGCCAGGAGUACAACGAGAGCCUCGUCAAGAGACUGCACAAGGUGCUGCGGCCGUUCCUGCUGCGCCGGCUCAAGGUGGACGUGGAGAAGCAGAUGCCCAAGAAGUACGAGCACGUGCUCAGGUGCCGCCUGUCCAAGCGCCAGAGGUUCCUCUACGACGAUUUCAUGGGCCAGGCCAGCACCAAGGCCACGCUGGCCAGCGGUCACUUCAUGAGCGUCAUCAACGUGCUGAUGCAGCUGCGCAAGGUGUGCAACCACCCCGACCUGUUCGAGCCCCGCCCCGUCACCUCGCCGCUCGUCACACCUGGCCUCAGCCUGGGCGCACCUGCGCUGGUGCUGCGCGCCCUGGAGCCACACCCCUUCCAGCAGGUGGACCUGUCGCCGUUCGAGCUGGUGGCGCUCGAGGCUCACCUGUCGCGCUACGCGGCCGAUUGGUUCCUGCCGCGCUUCCGCGUCACGCGGCGCCUCCUGGAGGACGUGGCCGCCGCCCCCGACCCCCCCCCGCGCCCCAAACCCGUCCGCAUGAAGGUCAACAGGAUGCUGCAGCCGGUGCCGAAGGCGGAGCCUCGGGCGGUGCUGCUGCUCCCCGCCCCCCGCCCCGCCCCCGGGGGCGUGGCCUCGCCAACCCCCGCCCCCUCCGCGCCGAGCCCCGCCCUCUCCGCGCCGAGCCCCGCCCCCCUGCUGGUGGCCCCGCCUCUCGUCACCUUGGGCCACGCCCAGGCCCCGCCCCCCGGUGCCGGCCCCGCCCCCUUGGUGACGACGCAAGGGGCGGGGCUUAACCUGGGGCUGGGGUUGGCGCUGGCCCCGCCCCGGGCCACGCCCACGCUGCUGGCUCCGCCCCCCGGAGGACCCACACACGCUCUCCCAGCCGCCUCCUUGGCCACGCCCACCCCAGCGGGAGGCCCCGCCCCCGUGGCCACGCCCACGCCGAACAUGGGCAAAGGGGCGGGGCCGGCCCCUGCCCCGCCCGUGGCCACCUUCGCGCUGCCCCAGCGGCUCCUGCUGGCCCCGGACAUGCAGGCCCGGCUGCCCUCGGGCGAAGUCGUCAGCCUCGGCCAGCUGACGUCAGCGCUGGCCCAGCACCGCCCCGCCCACCCCGCGGGGGGCGGCGCCAAACCCGCCGGGCCCCUCCCACCGCCCGCCCUGGCCCCGCCCCCGGCGGCCUCGGCCACGCCCCCUCUGACGCUGCAGCUCCAGGGCAGCAAAGUGACGCUGGGCCCCGCCCCCCCCUUGCGUCACCUGGCGCUGGCCCCGCCCCCCGCGCGCGGCCUCGCCCGUCACGUGGUUCACCUGGUGGCCACGGGGGGGCAGCACCUGCUGGCCCCGCCCACCCAGGUGGCCCUGCUGGCGCCCCUGGGAGCCCCCGCGGCGGGGGGCGGGGCAGGGGGCGGGGCAGGGGGCGGGGCGGCGGCGGCCACGCCCACCCAGCCCCCCCCGGGCCUGGGGCUCCCCCUGGCGGCGCAAGUGCCGGCGCCGCUGGUGAACAGCGGGGGGGUCGUGAAGAUCGUGGUGCGCCAGGGCCCGCCCCCCGCCCCUCCCCCACCCCCAGGCCCCGCCCCCUCCCCCCAGCCCCGCCCCCCCCUGCUGCGGGUGCUGCCCGCCGCCCCUCCCCCACCCCCACACAGCCCCGCCCCCAACCCGGGACCGCCCCUGGGCGGAGCCAGCGCGCCGGAGACAGCCCCGCCCCCACCGCCGCCCCUC